UACCACUCCAAUAUACUUAGGCUUCAAUGCUCAGCAAGUGGUCCGAGUGCUCUGCCGACAGGAUGAGGAUGUACUCACAUGCUCUGCUCGUUCUCCUCCUCUGCUCUCUCCUCGCCGGCGCGGCCAACGCCGAGCCCUCUCGGGAGCUUACUUACAAGGAUUGCCACCCCGACGACAAGGCGGUGCUGCUCGCCUUCCCGGAGUCCUGGUCCUCGUCAUGGGCGCCCGACACACCCUGCUGCGACUGGUUCGCCGUCGCCUGCGCCCGCUCCACCGCCCGCGUCGUGGGCUUCUCCGUCUUCCAGGACCCCAACUUCACGGGCACAAUCCCCAGCGCCAUCGCCGGUCUCACCCACCUGGAAGACCUUUUCCUACACCACCUCCCGGGGCUAUCGGGCCCCAUACCGUCGGCGAUAGGCAAGCUCACCAAUCUCUCUAGGCUCGAAAUCUUAUGGACGGCCGUGUCGGGCCCCGUGCCGUCCUCCUUGGGCAAGCUCAAGAAGCUCACCCAGCUCGACCUCUCCUUCAACUCGCUCAGCGGCGCUAUCCCGGUGACGCUGGGCGCCAUCCCCGGCAUCACCCUCAGCCGCAACCGCCUCACCGGCGCCAUCCCCCAGAUGUUCCUCAGCGAGUCCGCCGGCCAGGACGUCUACCUCGACGUGUCGCACAACAACCUCACCGGCCCCAUACCGGCCUCGUUCGCUGCAGUGAACUUCACGCACCUCGACCUCUCGCGCAACGCCCUGACCGGCGACGCGUCCGGCCUCUUCGGGCGCGGGAAGGAACUGCAGUACAUCAACCUGUCCCGCAACGCCUUUGAUUUCUACCUGUCAGGCGUGGUGGUGCUCCCGGAGAAGCUCUUCCACCUAGAUAUGAGCCACAAUGCCAUCCAAGGCAGCAUCCCGGCGCAGGUCGCGAACGUGGCCAACCUGCUGGCCUUCAACGUCAGGUACAACAGGCUCUGCGGCCCCGUGCCGGCCGGCGGGAACAUGGCGAGGUUCGAUCUCUACAGCUUCCAGCACAACAAGUGCCUCUGCGGUGCUCCCCUCCCUCCGUGCAAGAAAUAGAUGGAUUUAUCUGCUGGGUUUGACAGAAUAACGAGAUGUUGAUAUUCAUAUGUCGACCAAUUCGACUGUAUUGAUGCCUCCGGAUUAAGAAUUGUGCUGAAAUAAAGUCAA